CACUCCCAGCGAACGCCCGGACUCACCGUGCACACACAAUAAUUCAAAUCCUUCCGGCCGCCGCCCCCGAAGCCACCACCACCGCCGGCUCCAUUUCUUCCUAAUUACCUAUAAUCUCGCCCAAUCUUUAGUUUCUCAUGGGAGAAUGAGUAAAGGGUUCCUCAGAAAUGCUAUAUCCAUUCCAGUUCUCUGCUCAUCCUCCGGAGACCCCCUCUUUUUCUCCCUGAAAUUCUUCACCAGACCCAUCACUACUCAAGAAAAUAAUUGGGAUGCUUUUACAGAUGUAGAUUGCAAUUUUCAAGAAUUUGAGUCUUUUCCACCUGAAAAAACUCCAGCCAGUUCUUUUUCACCCCAGGAAUAUUCCUUUUUGAGGGACUCAUUGUUGGAAAAUCCAGGCACUGAAGCUACUUCAAAAGCUCAAAACUUGGAGACUGGUAAUUGUUCAGAUGAUGCUCUUUUGAUUCUUGAUGCUGUAAAGAAUAAUGAUGAUGGGUUUGGGGAUAAAACCCAGAAAUUUCUUAGGCAGUUUAGGCAUAAAUUGGAUGAAAUUUUGGUUGUUGAUGUGUUAAAGAAUGUACAAAAUGUUCAACUUGGUGUAAAGUUUUUCAUAUGGGCUGGUAGGCAGAUUGGGUAUAAUCAUGGUUUAGCUGUUUAUGACGCUCUGUUAGAUUUAUUGGGGUGUAAUAGAAAUGAUAGAAUUCAAGAAAAUUUUCUUCAAGAAAUCAAGAACGAUGAUAGAGAGGUUCUUGGUAAAUUGCUGAAUGUGUUGAUUAAGAAAUGCUGCCGAAACGGGUUGUGGAAUUUGGCACUGGAGGAGUUGGGGAGGCUUAAGGAUUUUGGAUAUAAGCCAUCAAGGGCCACGUAUAAUGCUUUGGUUCAGGUUUUUCUGAGAGUUGACAAAUUGGAAAGUGCUGCUUUCGUUCAUAGGGAGAUGUUGGAUUUGGGAUUUAAGAUGGAUGCCUAUACAUUGCUGUGUUUCACACGUUCUUUGUGUAAGGAGGGUAAAUGGAGAGAAGCUCUAGAUUUAAUCGAAAAGGAAGAAUUUGUACCAGAUACAGUUAUGUAUACUAGCAUGAUAUCCGGAUUGUGUGAAGCUUCACUUUUUGAAGAAGCUAUGAAUUUUUUAAACAUAAUGCGGUGUAAUUCAUGCAUUCCUAAUGAUGUAACUUAUGAGACUUUGCUUUGUGGUUGUUUGAAUAAGAGAAAAUUAGGUAGGUGCAAGAGAUUGCUGAGUAUGAUGAUUACAGAAGGUUGUUAUCCCCGUCCGAAGAUAUUUAAUUCUCUUGUGCAUGCCUAUUGCAGGUCAGGGGACUACUCUUAUGCCUAUAAAUUGCUUAAAAAAAUGGUUCUUUGUGGUCAUCAGCCAGGUUAUGUGGUCUACAACAUAUUGAUUGGUGGUAUUUGUGGCAAUGAGGAGCUGCCUAACUCAGAUGUCCUAGAAAUUGCUGAAAAAUGUUAUGAUGAAAUGCUUGAUCGAGGUGUUGUGCUAAACAAAGUGAAUGUUGCCAAUUUCAGCAGGUGCCUCUGUGGGGUUGGAAAAUUUGAAAAAGCUAUGAAGGUGAUUCGUGAGAUGAUGAGGAAGGGCUUUAUACCAGAUGUUAGUACAUAUUCUAAGGUUAUCAGUUUUCUUUGUAAUGCCUCAAAACUAGACAAUGCAUUUUUAUUGUUCCAGGAAAUGAGAGGCAAUGGCAUUGUUCCUGAUAUUUAUACUUAUACAAUGCUUAUAGACAAUUUUUGCAAAGCUGGCCUUAUUCAACAGGCACUCAGCUGGUUUAAUGAAAUGGUGAAGGAUGGCUGCAAGCCCAAUGUGGUAACAUAUACUGCUCUUAUUCAUGCUUACCUUAAAGCAAGGAAAAUGUCUGAUGCAAAUGAUCUAUUUGAGAUGAUGCUAACAGAAGGAUGCUUACCUAAUGUUGUCACCUUCACUGCUUUGAUUGAUGGUCAUUGCAAAGCUGGAGAUGUUGAAAGGGCUUACCAAAUCUAUGCAAGGAUGGUGGGCAAUGAAAACAUUCCGGAUGUAGACAUGUAUUUCAGGGGCAGCGAUGAAAGUGCUAAAGAAGUGAAUGUUGUUACAUAUGGUGCUUUGGUUGAUGGUUUAUGCAAAGUACACAAGGUAAAGGAGGCCUGUAAUCUUUUGGAUGUAAUGUCAACUCAAGGCUGUGAGCCAAACCACAUAGUAUAUGAUGCUCUUAUUGAUGGAUUUUGCAAGGCUGGGAAGCUAGAUGAAGCACAGAGUAUAUAUACACGGAUGUUGGAACGUGGGUACAAUCCAAGUCUUUAUACCUAUAGCUCUUUUCUCGACAGGUUAUUUAAGGAUAAGCGCCUUGAUCUUGCUCUUAAAGUAUUGUCUAAAAUGCUUGAAAAUUCCUGCGCUCCUAAUGUCGUGAUAUACACAGAGAUGGUUGAUGGCCUUUGCAAAGUUGGGAAGACAGAUGAAGCUUAUAAACUUCUGUUAAUGAUGGAAGAAAAGGGUUGCCAACCAAAUGUUGUGACUUAUACUUCCAUGAUUGAUGGCUUUGGUAAAGUCGGUAAACUGGAUAGAUGCAGUGAGCUUUUUCAGAGGAUGAGUAUGAAAGGUUGUGCUCCAAAUUACAUUACUUAUGCGGUAUUAAUAAAUCAUUAUUCUGUGGCUGGUCUCUUAGAUGAAGCGUACCAGCUGCUGGAGGAAAUGAGAAAAACUUAUUGGCCGGUACAAAUGGCAAGCUACCGUAAGGUCAUUGAAGGCUUCAACAAAGAGUUUAUAACGAGUCUUGGCCUCUUAACUGACAUAAGUCAGGUUGAUUCUGUUGUUCCAGUUAUUCCAAUUUACAAACUUCUAAUCCAUAGCUUCAACAAAGCAGGGAGAUUGGAGGUGGCUCUUGAGCUGCUUGAAGAGAUCUCGUCAUCGUCCUCGUCUCCAUCUACCAUGGCAAACAUGUAUUCAUCUCUGAUUGAGAGCCUCUGCCAUUCACACAAAGUUGAGAAAGCCUUUGAGCUGUAUGUGGACAUGAUAAACAGGGGUUUAAUUCCUGAGCUUGGCGUCUUUGUUAAUCUUAUUAGAGGACUAAUCAAUGUCAAUAGAUGGGAGAAUGCACUUCAUCUUUCGGAGAGCUUAUGUUACAUGGAUAUCCAAUGGCUGCCCUGUGAUAACACCAGGGGAGUUAGCUAGAAGUUGUUGGUUCAAUUCAUAAAUGUUUUCCUUGUUUGAUGUAUCCUGAUGCGAUGUAUACCUCUAUGAGGAUGUCUUGAGAGAUGACAAAAAAGCCCAGCUGGUUUCUAGCUCAUAUCAGUGAAGACUCUAAAGAGCUUUCUUGCUUCCAAAAGUGGAGGAAAGCAUUACCAGCAGGGUUCAUGGACAAAAGAAAUGAUCUGCGCUGGACUAUUUCUUGACAGCAUCAUCCCAGACUCAACAUAUCUCUUUGCAGGUGCCAUGCCACCUUAAUAGCAUUUCGAGAUGUGGUUUGGCAGGUUCUGACCAAUAUGUAUACUUCUCUGUUGGAGAGUCUAUCCAACUCAUGCAGAGUUGAGAAGGCAUUUCAGCUAUAGCUGGAGAAGACAAAAAGAACUCUUCACUUCUACUAUGCCUGCUCCAUAUACAUGUGCGGAAAAUAAAUUUUUUUGUUAAUGGUUGGCAUGGUCUCAAGGCUUUGAUAGAUUUUCCAAUUUCUGAAGACUGAAUUGUUACAAAGCACAUAAAGUAAUGGAAGAAGAUGAUGCAAAGAAAGAGCAUACAAAACAGAGCAAUAAAUGGAGAUUAUCUUUUGCUUGUGUUGAUGUAAAAGAUCUAAAGUUGUUGAGAUUCCCAAGAACUUUCCACAGCUUGAUAGCUUUGGUACUCUUGCUUGGCUGUUUAUCUGCUUCUGCCACAUUGAAGUUAAUUACAAUUUGCGGGCUGUUUUUGGUUAUAUGCACAGUUAUAUCUCCUUUCCAUGCGUGACAAGAGAUGGCAUGGUAUGUGGGUGAAUUGGACUGCAGCAUCCAAAGUUUUGCCAAAAGGGUAUUCAUUGGCUGCUCAGUGAUGAGCACCAGAAGCAAAAUGCUUAAAUCUGCAUCCCGUGGAGGUUCCAUGCCUAUAUAUAAUGACACAUGAAGGGAUCAGCCGGUGACAAUUUUGCGUGGAUAUGUAGCCUCGAUGGCUUUUUGUGCUCUUUCUUGCGACGACCAUGGCAAAGAAGGCAGUACAACAACUACAAUUUUAUCACAUAUAAAGAUCCGCCAAAGACUGUAUUUUCUGUGUCACCAUUCACCAUGUUUUAAGACAGGUCAUGCAUCAGCAUCCUAGAUAUGGUUCUGGGGCUGGUCAUGCAUCAUAUGCUCAGCCACCGGCAGCUCCAGAUCUUCCAACAAUUUGGACAGCAUCUCUUUGACACCAGAAGUGCAAAUUUCACAUACACCCCGACAACUUUUGAGACUGCCCCUGGAAAUUUUCGUUGAUCUCUCAAAGUAGAUUGGAGGUUUUGGGGGGGCUGCACUACAUUUUUGAAGGAAAGAGUGUUGACCCUCAGUGGGGCUUGUAUAUUAGCCUCGACUAGACGCGCUCUACCUCCAGUUUUCAGCAGUCAGUAGAUUUCAAGCUGUACUUGUGUACAAAUUACAAUAGCCAUGAGGUAUAAGAGAGAGAGGAUCAGUUUCUUCUGUCACAGGUUUUAACAGGCAUUAUUAGGGUGUGUGUAUAUGUUUGUGGGGAUGUGCUCAUGUGAACCAGUAGCCCAGUGAGCCCCUGUGAUCUUGGUGUUUAGCAAAUUAAAUGUUGACAUUUGUCCUGAUUGGCGAUUUUUGCCAAAUCGGUUUUUUUUUUUAAUUAAUUUAUUUUUCUCUCUUCUUGAACAGAUCAAAAACUUUUAUGUCACAAUUGAAAUCCUCAUCA